AUGCUACUCGAUUUGGAGAUUAAAAUUGUAAAUCACAUGAAAAAUAAUUAUUAUGAGUCUAGCAACAAGGUACCUAUUGAGAAGGUGCAGGGGGACGAGAAAAAUGUCGACGAGUUGGGAGACCGAAGGACCUGUGGCAGCAGAGAGUUCUGCUUUGAAAUAAAUAACGAGAAAUAUUCCAUGGAUUUAAGUUUAUACGAGAGUGCUAGGUAUGUCCACUUCUUCAAGUCCGGUAACAAUGUAGGGAGUCGUCGCACGAUCAAUCAGCACCACUCGAGCUUCCUAUCCAACGACCACUGUAGCGAAAAAAGCGUGAAAACUAAAGGUAGAAAAAGCACACAAGGGUGCACCGCAAACAGUUGCGACCGAACACACAACAGUAGCAACAGGAAGAAAAACUUCUACAGCAUUAUUGAAUACUUUCCCGGAUACUUUUACAACAAAAUCGAAAUUAUAUACAUCAAUUUGAUAUUAAUUUUUAUUUACAUGUAUUGCCUUUUAAUAAUCACUGUGCAUGGAGGACUGAACAACGAUUUUCCAUUAUAUUUUUAUUUCCUAAAUAAAAACAAAAAAAGAGGAAAAAGAGUAGCAAAACAUAGGGAAAAAAAGAGUGACUGUUCAGAGCACAAUGAAGAAUUGACCAACUUAGAAGCGAAGAAGAAAAGUGAAGAAAAGACCUACACGUCCAACUUGCUGUUCAAAUCAAAAUGUAUAUUCAAGAAUUGGAAACAGAAAAGGAAGCUGAAUAAAAAGAACAUUAAGCUUGACUUAGGCAAAAAUCUCUCCUCAGACGCGCUGGACGACCUUAAAAAUGCCAGCCUGUUUGAAAAAAAUGUGGAUGAGCUCUUCUGCGAAGAGAAGAAAUGGGAAGAAAGGGAAGGAACAGAAGAAAGGGAAGCAACGGAAGAAAGGGAAGAAACGGAAGGAAGAGAAGAAAAAGAUGAAAGGGAAGGAACAGAAGAAAGGGAAGCAACGGAAGAAAGGGAAGAAACGGAAGAAAGGGAAGAAACGGAAGAAAGAGAAGAUAAAGAUGAAAGGGAAGAAAUAAAAGAAACGGAAGUAAAGGAAAAAAAGGAAGCGAUAACGAAUAAAUACACGGCUAGCAUAAAGGAAGAGGUGCCGUCCAAACCAGACCAGCAAAACGGAACACCUUUGACGAAUUGCAGGAAAUCCGCCGAACCUCAAUUAAAGGACAACAUUCAAAGUGAUGAUGCCAAUGUGCUAACUGUCCCCCCCCUGCAGAAAGGCAAAGAAAGAAUCGCUGCGUGUCCCACUUUAAAUUUCGCCGUUGAGCUGCCCAACGUAGUAUUAUGUAGUAUCGCAGAGGGGGAAGUAAACGUGAAAGGAGGCAUCGCAGCGGAAGCGCUUCAUAAUAGCGGUGACAAUUUUGCACCCAAAUGUGGAUAUGACUGGGAAGGAGACCUCGGGGACGACUUUGCAGUGGAAGCUCAGCAUAACAGGGAUGAUUAUUGGGGGGCCCAAAAUGCCUAUGAUUGGGAAGGCUACAUGAGCUCGCACAACGGAGGGGGGGACCGCGGAUCUGACAUCAAUCGAGUGAAGCCUCACUUCUAUGAUGAGAAUCCCACGUGCCAGUGGAGCCCGGGAUACUACGACGAUGGUCGAAAGAGUUGUUUGACCCCACACCACAGUGAUCCCAGUCAGGACCAACUCUUUAUGACCUCCGAGGAGACCGCCUUCAACGAAUUAAAUAACAGCGCCCUUGACGACGCCUUCAAUUUGAAGAAGAAGAAGAUGCACCCCAUUCGCAGCAAAUUUAGGAAGGAUAAAUAUUUUUCCCUUAAUGAAUUAAGAGACCACUGUAAAAGUAAAUUAGGGACAUAUAACUUCUUCUCGCAGGAAAAUCACCCGAUGUGUAACGACCAAGGCUAUGUAAGCCGUGAGAAAGGAGAGGAUCUACAUGGGAAUAAUGAAAAUCAAAAGAAGACGAUGAAAAGUUUUCUGGGAAAAUUAAAAGAUAUGAAGGAAGAGAAACUUAGCAAAAUUAAAAAUAUUUACAAAUCCGAAAAAUGCAACAAUCGUUUUAAGAAAAGGUUCCACAUGAUAGAAAGCAAAAUUAACAACGAAAGUGUGCAGGAUAAUUUUAGCUACAGUAAGGACAACCAUUUGGCGAAAAUCAAACAGAAAAAGGGAGAAAAAUAUGAACACUAUAGUGAAAAUGAAUUUGACAGGUAUAAAAAUGUAGAGUUAUUCGAUUUGCAAAAUUUAUCUCCACCCUCUGGUGGCGAAAACAGGGAAAAAUACGCCGUGGGGAAGCAGAUGCUGAAUAGUGCCGACGUAGGCGUAAUACCCAGUGAGAACAAUUGCGCGGUUAACCCGUCCUACGUCAGAAGUAGCACUGCAAGUAAUUACAACAGAACUUACAGAAAUACUUUAGUAAAAAACUGUCCCAUGGACAAAAGUUUUAUCUCCAACACGUCUACGUACAAAGAGGGGAAGUUCGAAAGAGAAAAGAAGGAAGACUCGAUGGACCUAAAGAUUAACCCCAGUUUUAUGAAUUACAAAAAGUAUGACUUAGAAUUUGCCACCGCUGACAUGAUCGAGGAGGACAAGAAAGCACGAGGAAGACAUAUCCUGCAGAACCUAUCCUUCAAUUCUAAGAGGAAGGAAUUAAAAAACAAAAUCAUUUCCUACGUAAAGAGGAAAACGAAUAAGAAGGAAAAAAAUAAAAGUUACAAAUUGACACCCGUGACGUUGGUUGAGAAAGAGUUACUAAGUGAUGAAAUGCACCUCGGGGGUCAAAGGAAAUUGAUUAAUUUGAUCAGCGAUGAGGAGCGUACUUACUCCAAUAAAGGCGUCGAGGUACACCAUGUGGAGAAUGAACGGGAUAAUAACUUAUCUUUCAUAAAAGACAACGACGAGUUUGUAAAUUCUAAAGAAAAAAAGGAAAAAAUUAUCCCCCCCCUGAAUGUGGGCAAGAAGUCAAAGAAUGCCACUAACUCGAAUGUUUCAUUCACUGUGCCGAGGAGAAUAAUUAAAAGAAAUCGAGACUACCUCAAAUUUUACAGGAGCGGAUAUUUUAGCGAAUACGACAUGCAUAGAAUUAUAAGAAGCAGGGAAAAAACGAAAUUUGCAUACUCAAACACUAUGUAUAAGAAUAUAAAAAAGGCGAUUGAAAAGAAGCAUGGAAGGGGGAAUAAUCAGCUUAAUAGCAGAAAAUCAAACGACUCUUUCUCCCAAAAAAGUGACAACGAAAUGGGGGAUAAGACGUUUAGUGGACCUACACACAUAGCUGGGAAAAGUGAGACAGAACAUUCUUUAAAUAUUGAACAGAUGGACGAGGAAGAAAAAAACACACACAAGAACAAUUUUAGCAAAAAAAAAAAAUUUUUUUUUCACAUGAAGAAGAAAUUUCUCAAAUUUAAAAAUAAAGAAAAAAAUAAUUUAUUUAAAGAUAAGAUAAAAAACUUGGUUAAUAUGCAGAACGCAAAUUCGUAUAACGAAUAUGACGACAGGGCAAUCUGUUACGAUGAAAAUAGACUUCUUGCUCUCCCUGCUUCUCUGAAAAAAAAUGCACCUAAGGCCAAAAAAAAGAUGUUCUUCAUGAAUAUGAUGGAAAAAAGUAACCAAAGUAUGGCUCUCAAUUCUGCCGAGGAAAAUGGCAAUGGUAGAACUUCAUCCGACAAUAAUAGAAUUGGGAGUGUGAAGAAACUGCAGGAGAGUGAACCUAAUGAAAAUUAUUUUAAAGCUAUUCGAAGCAAAAUUAACAUUCUAGGUAAUUCAAGUCGGGCAUACGAAGCGGUAGGUAGUGAAGAGAACCCCCUUGAGCAAGGAUAUCUUCCCACGCAAGUUAAUAAGAAAAACAAACCAGUUACAAUCCGAAUCAGUGAUCCAGAGAAUAGAUAUGUGACGAACAAGCCCUCAGCGUUGAAGCACUCCAGGUGUAGGAGUAAAGUGGUUUACGUUAACAAAGACAGCUGCAUUUGCAGUAAACGUUCCUAUAAAGAUUUGCAUGAACUCACCAAAUAUGCAAAUCAAAGCAGUUUAAAAAAAAAAAAAGAGCGAGAAAAACACUCCAUAACUAUUACUGUCAGUAAUUAUAAUAAAUUUCUUCUAAGCAAAAAGAAUUACUACACUGGUCUGGAAAAAACGAACUUUUAUCUCAAGUGUUAUUGCAACAUUGCACUUGUCGUAAUUAACUACCUUUUAAUUUUCACCAUCACGUAUAUAUAUGCGAGCAAUGUGUAUGACCUCUUUUUGUGCGCCAAGCAUGUACAUUUGAAAGCAAAGAAAAGAGAAAGAAAAAAACACUCGGAUUUUAACAACAUCGUCCGAAUAAUAUAUCAUAAAAACAUUUUUGCAACAAAUGAUAAUUCGAUACAUAUAAGCAAACAUAAAAAUAUGUACAUGAAAAAAAAUAUAUUCGCACAAAUAUUUGUGCAGAAUAAAAGACAAAGUGCUAAGACCAGUGUAAAAUAUGACCAGGAAGAGAUGGAGGAGGAGAAAGAGGAAGAAGAAGUUUCAUCGGAUAGCAAUAAAAUGAAAAAAACAGACAUUCGAAAUUAUCAUUUUAAUCCAAGUAAAUACUAUGAAGAAAUUAAGGACAAGAAAAAUAUUCUCAGUUUGUACAAAAGCGCAAAGAGCAACAUUAAAAUGUUUAUGUCGAAGCAUAUGAUUCUUAAUCUUUAUUUGGAAAAGUUUCUAAAUCUCUUCAAUCAUAAAAAUUUUAACCUCACAAAGAUUGUCAUAUCACUGCUGGGAUAUUUCUCCAUUCUAUUACUUUCGAUCAAAUUCCACCAUUUGGUCAUUGUAAAAUUGUUGCACCUGUACUACAAGGGGUACACGAGGAGAUAUUACAAAAACGUUGUUCUUAACAGCAUCUUGGAGAACAUUAAAAACGUGAAGAUAAGUUUGAAGCUGUAUAAGCCCAUCUGUUCCUUAAACGAGGAAGAGUGUUUUGCGCUGAUUGAAGAAAUUAACAAAACAUGCAACCAGAAUUUGAAUAUAUCCCAAUUUAAGGAUAUCAAUGACGAAUACGACUUGGCUAACGUCAUUAUGACAAAUUUAAGUGAAUUUUCCGAGAUGAAGAGAAUAAUAAGGCAAGAAUGGAACCUCAACCUGCUGAACAAUUCACCCAAUGAUAAUGCAAACUUGGUCACUGCACGGAACAACACGUCGUACUGA